CUGCAAUGCAUCGGAAACCUAAUCUCAUCUUCACUAUGCUCUUUACUCUCAUUCAUAGGGCUGGAGGCGGAUUUGUUCUACGUGCACGAGGGCGCCAUUAACACAUACGCGAUGCACUUCACCGUUCCCGUCCCGGCAGACGUUCACGAGCUGGAGUUCUCCUGGCAGAGUCUCAUCAGCUACCCGCUGCGCUAUACAAUCAGCAUCGAGUACGCCACUGACCAGGACGCACUGGGCACGCCCACGCUCAGCAUUCCCCACAAGGGCGUAGUGCCGCAGGAGAUCGAGUCGUUCCUGGUGUACCUCCCGUGCACGGGAAACGUGAGCCUCCAACUGCCGGUCAAUGUCAACAUGGUGGUACAAGGACCUCCCCGGUUCAACGACACCCGACUCCACUUCAAGCGCAACAAGAUCUGUGCCAAGGGCAUCUCGCCGGAGCCGAAUCAGUCUCCUGCGCCUGCUCACGCCCCUUCCCAGGGACCGGCUCUGAUGAGCGCCGCUGCCUGUGCCUUGGGCCUAGUCCUGGCCGUAGGCCUUGUGGCCAGCAUGAUGUAUGUUCGGGCUCGCAAGCAGCUGCGCCAGGAUUCGCUGCACACCAGCUUCACUACGGCGGGUUAUGGCAGCCAUCAGAACGUGUUCAUCCGCCUUGAUCCCCUCGGACGACCGCCGAGUGCCACCGGCUCCUAUGCGACCAUUGCCAGCCUCAACAAGUAUCCAACGGAGACCAAAAAGUCCUGCAGCAUAUUCGACCGCUUCCGCAGCUCACCCACGCCCACACCCUACGCCACCGCUCUGCUGCCCAUGGGCGACCAGGCCGGCGAGACCAUUUACUCGAAACCAGAAUCGGUAUGUCCCUCGAGGAUUUCCUACUACGCCUCCUCGCAGCUAACCCAGGUGAGUCCCAAUCUCC